CGUGACUAGACCAGGUGCAAGUGAAGCUUAGCGAUGAAGAUAAACAUCGUGAAAUGUGGUCUUCUUUAUUUCGGCAGACAAAACACGGUGAAUCAACAUGAAAAUUUACUCCACUUGGAAAUCCUAAAUGUCUAGUCCUUCACGUCAGGUAGGAAACCGUCGCCUGCCACCUCUACCUAGCGGUUCGAGGCAUAGUCCGAGCAACGUGCGAGCUUCGAGCGGUGGCCAUGGUUCAUCCCCCGUGUCAGGAAAGGCUGUUAAAGGGCAUGCUAGCAACCGAUCGUCAAAUAACCAUGGCGGUCAUAUUAGUCAAAUAGAUCUGACCGCAAACUUUGGCGAUGGCCCUUUCCGACCAGCACUUGUCCAAGGAAAAGCAAUAACAAAUGGAGGCCAUGGUAAGGUUUAUAUGUCAGCAUUUGUACUUGUAAGACAUAUCAUGCAUGUCCCGUUUCUGCUUGAUGUCUUGUGCUUUCCGAUGUCAUACUUCUCUUUUAUUAGUAACGUAGUUUAUACCGAUUGAUACAAAACAUUGUUUGGUUUAAAUAGUCGUACAUGUUAGUCCUUGGUAAAUCUAAAAGUGUUUUCUCUUUACAUGUAUCCGUACGUGUUGUUGUUGUACCUUUACGAGUAGGUUACGUUUAUAUUUACAACGAGAUUGUUAUUUCGCUAAAUUAACUCUAUGAACUUUUGCAGGGGAAUUUCUCGCAAUCAAGAGCGAUUUUCGCUAAAGACCACCACUUUAUACUGAGAUAAUUCAUUUGACAUGCUUUUCAGAUCUGGACGAAGAGUCCGUACGUAAUUUUCUCCGCGCCAAUCCAUCAUUUUUAGAAUAUUAUGUUAUGAACCACGUCGAUCAAGAUCGUUUGGAACGCUGGCUUAUCAGGAAAACGCGAAAAUUGAAGAAUAAAGGCGCAAAGAAAGCUUCCAAUUCCCUCGACCAUGACGAUAAUAAACAAAGCGGUAAAGUAAUAUUUGAUUUGUCGUUAAUGAAGCCAAAAUUAAUGAAUGCUGUGCUCAGUUGGAAGCUUGACUUCUUUUCUCAACUAUUUUCUUUUUUUUUAUUUAAUUUGUAGAUCCACAUCGACCGUCACUAGCGAAAUGGAGGGUAGGUGGCUAGCCUAAUAAAAGUUUAAAAUCUGAAAUCUUUCGUAAGCUUAAUUUUAAGCUUAAGAUUCGGUGGAUUUGUCAGAUUAAAAAGUGACAUUUUUGAUUGCCGCCUCUCAAGAGAUGACGCUUUUGUGUCGUUUUCUUUGUAUUUCUUCCUUGUUCGGUGCCGUGCCGCAAAGAUCAAAAUACGUUUUCCAAUGACAGUUUUUUAGCGAGCAAGGAAAUAUGUAGUUUCACGACAAAGAUAAAAAAAUUAAUGCAAUUAUGUUCGACACGAAAAUGAAUGCUUAUUUACUUUUUUACUUUUUAGUGGUAAAUGACAGCUCAAAAGUACUUUUACUCUCUUCCUUUAUUGGGGGGGGAACUACAUUAAUUUUCAUAUCGGAGAAGAUAGUAAUUUUCAUUUUUUCAGGCUCAUACGGGGUAGGGAGGAGGGGUCAAUAGGUACACUUGCACCCCUCCUCAGGUACCUUAAGAAACCACGAUUGUGACCACAACAGGAAUGUCAAAAAGCAAUAAGUUUAAUUAAUGAGCAAAACAACAAUGUUGCAUGUGUAGCAUGCUUUUUUGUACAUUUCUUUGUCAUCCCUGCACAAUGACGGCAUGAAAUGACCAAAUUUUAAGUUUUCUUGGGAACGGGAACGGCAAGGUGAUAAAUUCCACCAUCUCUGUUUGAACUCAGGGGCAUUCCCUUCUCUUCAGCUGCAACCCAAAUUCUCUUCUUCUAAGUAACUGGAUCUCAAGGGGUAAUCGCGAAAAAAAGUGAUAGGAAGGUCUAUCUGUCUGUUGGUUACAGACUUAUUCUUCUAGGACAAGUACAGAUGGUGGAAGAAAAAAAAGAGAAAGGGAAAAAGCUCCUUUAUCAUCCAUUUGCUCACCCUCGACAUGGUUAAUUUUGGUCGUAAAAAGGUACUUGAAAAAUCACUAGGUCGGAUUGCCCAGACGCGGAUCUAGGAUAAAUACUGACCAAUUUCGUAAAUGAGCACUGAAGGCACAAGGCACAAUUUUCUAAGACUAUGGGGGUCUGGGGGCGUGCUCGCUCAGGAAAUUUUUUAGAUUUUAACUCCCUAAAGGUUAUUGGCCUGUUCCAUUCACCUUGGAUGAAGCCUUGCAACUUGGAAUUUGUUUUCUUUAUUUAAAAAAUAUACCUACAAUGUAUUAUGAAAAAUCUGACCGCUUUCCUUAAAAUGGUGGAAACUGGUGUGGAUCCAUGCCUGUUGCCUGUGGCAUGUAAAUGUUGAUCUUUGGCAAAUGAAAAUAGAACUUUGGUGGCUCAGUUGGCAAGUGAAAUUAGCCUCAGUGGUUCUGUGGGACUGUCUUAAUUUAAGUGUCAGCUUGGUAAAUGAUAAUUUCCAGACACAAACUAUUUCAAAACUGAAGACUGCAAGAUGUUCGAGUGACAUGAUUAUUAAUAUUUUAUUGUUUUGAAAGAAUGAAUAAUUAAUAUAAAAUCCAAGUGCAAGUUUGCUUGCAAACAGCUCUAAACAAUGGAUGAAAUAAAAAUAAUGAUUCUCAUGACUUUUAUAUCAUUAUUUUCUAUAUUUGAGUUGAUUAAGUGGGCUUUAUAAAUGUUUGAAUAGUUUGUUAAUAUUUUUUGGGGGGACUGGAGACAUGUUGUUUAAAAAUUAAUAUUGUUCUCUUUCCAUAGUUUUGUGUACAUAGUGACAAGAAAAAAAUGCUGGAAGAGUUGACAAAUGAUAUUCACCAAUCACCUAAUAAGCAGAAGGUACUGAUGGAGUUGGCCAAUUGUAUUGCAUCAGGUGAGCAGACAUAUCAAAGGGGCUGUUUAUAAUCUUCAGACUGUGGGAUUGUUUCGUACGGAUCUGAUUUGUUUUCACCUGCAUGGAGAUGUCUCAUUAGUAUUCCCUUUGUUUCUUUUCUGGGCCAGUGUAACAAAGGUAAUAGGAGACAUCUGCACACAGGCUAUUGAUGAAAAGAUAAGCUAUCCCCACAUAGGGCAUGGUUCAUACAAUCUUGAAAAGGUCUUGAAUUUUAGUAGUCGAUCAUAUUGAAAAGUCCAUAAUGAACUCACAGGUAGCAUAAAAGCGUUUUUGUGCAUGAACAAUGUUUAAUUUCUGUCUCUGUCAAAUGCUAUUUCUGUACCUCAGAUGUAAUUGCAAGUUAGUCAUACCUGGUCCAGUCAUUUGGAAAAUGUUGUUGCAGAAAGUAGUAUAAAAAUAAUGAUAUGAUCAACUAUGGCUGAAGUAGAUGCAUGAGGUAUAACAUCGCAAAUGUCUCUGUGAUGUGUUUUAGCCAAUAAGGUGUUCAAAAGGGGGUUAUGCCAAUUUAUUGAAUAAAUCUUUAGUCCAUGGAAACUGUAAUUUGUCCUUAAAAAAUCCUUGAAAAGUCCUUGAAAUUUGUUUGUGCAAAGUUGUACAAACCGCAUAGAGUUAUAUUUCUUGUCACAAGACAGUAUUCUUUUGCCUUGAGGUCAUGUGUUUGAGGCAUUCAAUCUGUACUACUAUCCACCUCUCAACUGCCAACCUGAUAAAAACAAGGAUUUGAUGUUGAUUCCUGCAUGCUCCAGUAGUCUGUCAGGCUUUAUUUGCAUUGUUCAACCACUGAGUAGUGUUACUGGUAUAUCCACCAGCUAAGUCACUGCCCAGUGGAUACGUAUUGCGGAAAUCAUUAUGCUAUUGAGAGACAGUAGAAUAUAAUUGAAAUUGUAGUUUUAGUCUUUUAAGGGUAUUUGGAGUAACUAUAGAUUGAUGAAGAAGUAUUAGUGUAGAAUUUAGACUUCUCAAACUUAUCAAUAAUUCACAAAGAAAAUACAGAGGAAAUUAAUGUUUAAGGAGUGUUUGGAAAUCAGAUGAAAAACUGUUCAUUUUUGCAUCCUUGAUUUCUCCUGGUAAAAUCAUUUUGUUAGAGAAGAAAUAUCAAUGAAUUCAACACAGUGUUUCAUCACCAGAUGAAGCACCUUGAAGUUCGUCAAAAACACUCCGCUGUGGGUUGUAUUUUCAACUCUCUUCUUAGUGUUUCAUCUGCAUGGUGAUGAAACACUGCGUCUCAUGGUUUAUAUAUUACAUCAAAGUAAGGAGUCUGGGAUAGGCUGUAAUUAUACAUAAUGUUGUGAAAGCUGGUAUAUUCUUGUCAGUAUAGUAAGUUGAUGAUUAUUAUAUAAUUUGAUAUAUUUUUUAGCUUGUCAUGCAGAUUCUUUUACAUUGUACCUGGUGGAUGGAACUGGAAAGGUAAGUACAGUAUACAUGUAGCACACCUCCGAUCCUGUAAAUGCUGCAUGGAUUCAGGCAUUCUUUCCCUGAUGAAGGCAGCAUAACUGAAACAAGGGAGUUUAUGAUUCAAUCAAGAGGGGAUAUUUACAAUUUUUCCUUACAUUUAACACACAAGGCACUGUGUAGGACCCUCCCUGAGUGCAGAACCUUCAGCCUUGGUUUUAAAGAUACAACCAGCUGAUAAAAUGUUGAGUCAUGCCAACAAAAAACCGACCUUUCUUACUUCAAAUCACUGCUAUGUCACACAUCUAAGGAUGACUACCGCACAUGUUGUCGAAAUGUCAGUCACUGUCAACAACAGUCCUAUUCAGGAACUUUGAUAAGAGAGGGAGGGGAAUCACAAGGUAGUGGAAGAUCAUAAGCAGACCCGUCAAGCCAUAAAAUAAAGCAUUGUGACAGUCUAAAGUAUUUUUUCAACUGGUUGUAUGUAGCUGUGUAAAAUAUAUUCGCUUUGCAUUUUUUUUCACUCUUUUGAUGCUACUGAAACAAGGAUAAAGCAUUGGCCAUUUGAGCCUUCCCAGCCCAACCCACACCUUUAACUUUGAAUUUACCUAACAAGUAAAAUACUAUCAAAAUUAAAUUCCAGCCAUUUUUCGUUGUCAAAAUAAUUAUGAAUCACACUAACAUCUGCUGUUUGUUGUUUCCAGGCAUUGUACAUUUAUAACCCUAAUCAUCCAGAAGGGUAAGAAAUACAAUGUAAUAACCCCAUAAAUAUAAUAACGUUGAUGUUUUUUGUUGUGUGAGGGGGCAUUGAUUUUACAUGUCUUGAGAAGAUAGAUUCCCUCGAGCAGGAGUUCUAUGCUGGGAUAACUUUCAAGUUGAUUUCAGCUUCCAUUGAUUCACAGUUUGCGUUUAUGUGUUCUGUAUUUUCCCUUCUUCCCGUUUCCAAUGACCAGGCUGUCAUGGAUUGUUAGACUAAUGAUAAUAUAUAAAUUAAACAAUAAUAAUUAAAUAAUAAUAAUACGUGUAAUGCAAUUUUAUAGAUGAGUUAUUAUAUUAUCCGUGCCUCCUAAAUGGGCUUCAGGGAUAAAAAAACAAUGUAAAUAUUUCAAGUUGAACACAAAAAGCCAGAAGAAUUGGCAAACCAGUUGGCCAUUAACAGCCCUGGUGCAGUGGUUGAACUUGAGAUGACCAAGGACAGUUUCAGUUAGAGGUCAGGGCAGUAAUUGAAGUUGGGGCCUUUGAAUUGUUAGUCAGAAAAGAAGCUGAAGACUGAGAUAAUUCCCUGUGUUUUAUCCUUUAUAGGAGGACUUCAUCAAAUAUAAAAAUUGAGACAGGAACUACAAUUGCUGCUUAUGUUGCUCAUACACAGAAGCCACUGAGGACUAAUGAAGUGUUGGGGGUAAGUUAGGAUGUUGUGGUCUAUUCCUAAAAAUGGAAUUAGCCUGCCCAAGUCAGGAUGGACCACUGCUUUAGGAAAUUGCCCUGUCCUACUAUUACUUAGAUAUCAAAUUUUCAAGUGCCUUUUUAAAACAUUAUUCAAAUUAAUUUGUUAUUCCUUUAUCAGGAUGAACGCUUCCCUGGAGGAAUUGGUCUGGAAGGUAACAUUACACUUACUUGUGUAACUCUUGUUCCUUGUUGGUUUUAUAAUAAAAUUAAAAUAAAAUUAUUUUAUUUGUCCUAUUUUAUAAUAAAUGUGCAGGGCAAUAAUAUUAAAUUUGAAAUUAUUAUUUGUAGACAGUACAGCCCAGUCUGUUUUGUGUCAGCCAAUUGUUCAAUCAAACGGCGAGCUGGUUGGUAAGUUGUGCACAAUAACUUUAGUAGUAGUAGUAGUAGUAGCAGUAGCAGUAGCAGUAGCAGUAGCAGUAGCAGUAGCAGUAGCAGUAGCAGUAGCAGUAGCAGUAGCAGUAGCAGUAGCAGUAGCAGUAGCAGUAGCAGUAGCAGUAGCAGUAGCAGUAGCAGUAGCAGUAGCAGUAGCAGUAGUGUGCCUUGUAAAUUGAUGGCAUGCAUUAAUUUCUAUCAUCUACACUUUAAUUUUUAAAGGUGUGAUUGAGUUAUGUAGAAGACUUGGCCAUGAAGCAUUUGGUGAAGAGGAUGAUGAGGUAAUUUAUUGAUUCAAAUUUUGUAAUCCACCUUUUAAACUUUCAAUUGUCUUUAAUUUGUUAAUAGUUCAUGCUCUUAUAAAAGUUAAGCAUUAAUACAUCUUUUCUUUACAGAUUGUCAACAGUUAUCUUGUGUGGGGAGGCAUAUCUCUAUAUUAUGCCGAGGUAAGUUUUGAUUCAUGUCAUUCAUAUGCUGUAUUAAAAUUUCAGGCUUUUAAGUAUUUGUUCAACUCAUGAAACCUCCUUUUGUUAAAGUAAAGUUAUUUAUUGGGAAGUGAUCUGGGUGGGCUGGUGGUGUGGCACUUCUUCAAAUGUAGAAAAUAGCAAUUUUAUGUGGACAAGGGUCUAAACUGGAAGUAGAUGGAAAUAGUAAUGUUGUUAGAGAAACCUAACAAGUAAAGAGGUAUUGAGAAUUUCUAAAUCAAUAGAUCUUUUCUCAUACUGUAGAUGUUCCAAAACAUGCAAAGACAUCGGAAGCUGACAGAGUUUCUGCUUAAUGUAACAAGGUAAUUAUGACAGCUGUACUAUCAUUCAUCUCAAAUAUUCAUGCACUCUGACUUUGUAUGGACAAUCUUUGGCUCUUUAACUCUGACUCGAACUCACUGUCCAAUAUGAAAGUGACACAUUGUCAGUGUUUCCGAAACUGUGCAACAAUCAAAGUUCAAUUGCGUGUGCAUUCACCUCAUGAGAGAACCUUAGGAAUGGGCACUGCCAGGGAAAAAAAUUCAAUCACAAGAUGUACAUGUAUAAUAAUCUAUAAUAAUUUGUUGUUAAUAUGAAGGUUUAUUUCAUUAGGUCAAUAUUUCAAGAUAUUGUCAGCAUGGAUACAGUCAUUAUGAAAAUUAUGGUUAGUACUUGACUGACUUUUUUGUAUUUUGAAGACACUUAUUCACGCACAGUUCUGCCCACAAAAAGCAAAAGCUAAUUUAGGCUAGUGGAGAUUCAUGGGCUACAGCAGUCAGUGAUUCAAGAAUUACUUACAAUAGCGAUUUCAUAAACAUGCAUAAAUUGAAUAUAAAUAAAUAACGUAAACAUUACUGCAAUAAUGGGGCAAUUUGGUCAAACUACCGAAGAAUUCGAGUAUGUUAGCAAGGUGCAAAGAAAAUCAUUUUUACAGCUUGCCCUUCGGGCAAGCUGAAGCUAGCAUUUACUAGCCCAGACGUCAUUUCAACUAGCGCCAAAAACGUUUUGUUCUUCUGUUAUUCAAAUUCCUCAUAAAACAUCACUUGCCCGUCGGGCAAGUUAAAAACAGAAUUCACUAGCCCGAUAGCAAAAUCCACUAGCCCCGGGCUAUCGGACAGUACUUUCUUUGCAGGCUGGUUAGGCACAACACGACCUGCCACCUGCAUUGUACAUUCACGGUCUUUUUAUCUCAGGCGAAUGAAUUACUGUACAUGGGUCCCAUUUUGAGUCUGUACCAUAUACGUCUAUUGAAUUCUGUUGUGUGACUAUUCAAAUUAGUUGUUAUUAUUAUUUAGCAAACAAAUUCCAAAACUCAUAGUAACAUUUCAAACAAAUGAAGUAUUUUGUUUGAAUCACUCGAACUUCAUCAGCGAUGUUAAAUGAGGUCUUCUAGCAGAAAGGUUGUUACGUGUUCCCAAGAGAGGAUUGUAAAUAGCUGGGAGGUGCAGUCCCUUGUACCUAUUUAAGACAAUAUAAUAAUAAAAUAUUUAUAUAGCGCUCAUACUUUUCAGUGCUAAGCGCUUUACAUGCUUCAAAAAGGUCUGAAUAAGAAAUUAAAAAUCCUAAAAUCAUUACAUGUAUACCUAACCUUGUCAAUGUUCAGAUAUAAGCUUUAAGCUUUACAACAGUUCAAAUUUGUAUGAUGUGCGUCUGUUUAACUCAUGAAAAGCAGCUACAAAUGGAACAUUCAACGGAAAAAUUGAAUCAUUUGUUGGUUAAUAAAUCAAUCGUCGUUCUAGCGACACAGAAAUGUCAAACUGCGAACAAAAUUUCUGUUUUCAAAUUUCUCCUUUAUAUCAAAUAUAUUCUGAUUGGUUACGCAUUACACCUACAGCUUUCAAAUUUUCUCUUCUGACGAUUUUGUCUGAAAAUAUAUUUUUUCAUCAUGAUUUACUCAGAUAUAGCUGAUAGGUACAUAAAGCUUAAAUUAUCUGCCUGAUACCGUAGAAUUCCCGAUAAUAACGGGUCCCGAAAAUUGGCCUCGUAAUAGCAUGAAAAAUAAACCGUUAAUCUCAAAAUUGCGGUAUGUGGUGACUCAAAUAAAAAGUGCAAAAAUUUAACCAUUUACACAAUGUUUUUCCUAUUUUAGUAACCAGCAUGCAACCUGAAUUACUUUUUUAUGUCCUGGUACGUCCUGCUUUGUGUAAACUCAAUUACAAACGUUUUACACUUGGCUACCAAGUAGCGGCCCCUUGGCCUGCUAUUUAUUAUUUUCAUGCUAUGGCCUAAAACCACAUUCUCUUUCAAAACGAUCCUAGUCCCUUCUGUGAAUCUUGACAUUUCAAAAAAUAAAAACAGCUAAAUAAAAACAUUAAAAGUGCAAAACCAAGAACAUUCAACUGAGCGGAUCACAUUCAGUCAUCUACUUGCCGGUACUACUCGACACCUGUGCGUCCUGUCACGAUUUUCAAAUAACCAAACGGUCAAUGAUGUAUUCGUAUUUAUUUUAUUUACAGUUGUGAUUUGCAUUGGGACGUUUACGGAGACAGUAAAGACCAAAAACAGAAACAGGAAAUCCAAUGCAAAAAACAUUCAUACAAAGCCUCGAUCGAUCAAAAUAAAAAAAUGUGAACUAAAGUAAAUAAUGAGAGUGGAAGCCUUGUCUGAAGACGAAGGUAAAGCCCAGUGAACGAGUUGAUAAAGGUGUGGUGCAAUUAGUAAGGGAUGGUGAUCAAGAAUAUGACGAUCUUGCGUCAGGCGUGAAAAAUUUGGCCUGAAUGGUUUAAUAAGAUUCUAUUCAUUCUCUUGAUUAUGAAAAUUUGAUGAUAGGAAGCUAUAUCAGUGUACUGACAACUUUGCAGUUUUCUAAUGCAAAUAACUGAAUUUAAAAAGUGUUAUUCUACAUUCGGCCCUGCGAACUCGGCGGCCCCUGGAUACGGCACAUUCAACAAGUACCGACCAGGAACUUCCUACUUGAGCUCUGCUUUACAUAGUCACAUUAUCAGGGAAAAUUCUCUCAAGUGUUUAAAAAUAAGAUGACAAAAUAAAAAAAACCGUAUUUGUUUCAAGCCGUAGGUGCCCGCAAGAAAUCAUUACAUGUAUACAGUAUAUACAUAGUCACAAAAAUACAAAAUAAAAAACCUAAGACAGUUCAUAAACUCGCUUAAAAAGAAAGGUCUUCAAUUUAGAUUUAAACUUAUUCACAUCAUCGAUCGAUCUAAUGUCAAUAGGCAAAUCGUUCCAGAGUGGUUUAAUAACAAGACGCCACUUGUCUGAAGAUGAUCGAAGGUACCUCGCAGGUUGGAAAAUUGGCCUUGUUUAUUCUUGUCAUAUUUAUUGAACUAAUCUCUGCCCAUAAAAAGAGAGAGAGAGAGAGAGAGAGAGAGAGAGAGAGAGAAAAAAGAGAACUUGGCCAACAUCCAGCACUUGGUCAAUGAUGCGUAUCGAGUGUAGCCUUUGCAUUGGAGUUUUCUAAUGCAAGAAAAUUUAAAAAACAUCACAUUUAACAUACGGCACAUUUAUUCACACUUCUAAACUUCUACCGAAAAAACCUUAGUGAAGACAAAAAUUUCGGAAGAAAUAUCGAUCACAAGUGCUCGGGUCAAAAUAAAGAGGAAAAAAAAUUCAGCUCCUCCCCGGCGGGGAAUCGAACCCCGGUCUCCCGCGUGACAGGCGGGGAUACUCACCACUAUACUACCGAGGACCCGGCUUAAGAAAACCGGAAAAUUUAAGUUACUUAUUAAAAUACAAGCAGGCACUCAGUCCACAAUUUCUCGAAGACCGUUUUUGUGAUUGAAAAAGAAAGGUUUGAUUAUUUAAUUUCAUAAAGUAGCAGCGUAUUGGAUACUAACGCGCGAUUUACUGAAGUGCUCUGGACAAACGCUCUGUAAAACUCUGCAAUGCGUCUAUCAAAAUUGGACGGCUGUAUAUUCCAGUCCGGUGUUUCCUUGUUCAGACCCAGCAUCUCUCUAACAGCAUUUCCUUCAAAAAGUUGGCCACUGAGUUUUUCUUGAAGCAAAAUUUUCUUUUUCACGCUAAUCGUCUCGCUUUUCGUGUGCUGAUAAAAUGCUUUCCCAGGCACAUACUUGUGCCCGUGGCUUUCAACAAAAUCAGGAAUUGAAAGUCGUUUCUUGACAAUUAACUGGACGAAUUUUGCUGUCUCCGCAGGAAAUAGAUUAGCAAUCAAAGUAUCGAAGCUUAAUUUCUUUUCCGUCUUCGACGAAGAACGAGGAUAAAGUGGUCCAGUAGAAAGUUGCACAUAACGUACUUUCCAUUUUUUAGCUCUGCCUAGAUGAGCUGAGAUCUUGCGUUUUUUAUAGAGCUGGAUAACGUUGUGUGGGUUGUGGCAGGAUGUUAUGACCCGUUACCAGGUAGUACUCUGAGUUUUGGGAUUUGUUUGUUAAACGUCUUCACCAGAGCAGAUGGAAAACACUUUUGGUAUUAUUAUAAUUUUUCUCUUUUGUAAGAAUUAUGCUCAAACACUGGUGGAUGCAGACAGGACUUCUUUGUUCCUUGUUGAUAGCAGAACAAAUGAACUUUAUGCCAGGAUAUUUGAUAUUGGAGGCAGCCUUGAAGAUAGCCGGUCAUCCAAUCUGCAAAAGGAGAUCAGGUACAAAUCAUUGUGGUAAAGACAUACCAGCUUUCUGAAAAGGGCUGUGGAAUUAAUUAAUUAUUAAUUUCAAAAACUUAUAAGGCGCAAGUAUCUAUAUAAAUAUAUUCAAAUGUGCCAUAAGGAAAAAAACAAAACAACAACAAAAACAAAACAACAACAAAAAAAACAAUACUACUACUAAUAAUAAAAAUUAUGAAUAAUUAUGAUAAUAAAAAUGAUCAAAUAAGAUGAUAAUAUAGAUAUAGAAUAGAAAAACUAAUGGCUAAAGGUUAAAAAGAUAAAAUCUGUUAGCAAAAUCUUAAAAAUUAUAAGCUGAAAAUUAUUUACAAUCUAGUAAGCUAAAAAUACAAUCUUAUAGUCUACGCAAAGGCGUUUUUGAGCAACGCACGUCAACCACAAGAAAGCCCUUUUCCCUUUUAAUAUGCUUUGACGUGACCAAAUUUGUAUUGCUUGGUGUCCUUACUGUCAUAGAGUCGAUUUGACUGAAAAAUUGGUCAAAAUCAUGGCCCUAGAGUACGAAGAGUCAACUUCCAGCUCAUGUGCGUCACUUAAAACGUAAUUGUGUAAACUCCCUAAUAUUCCCAGUUACCUGUCUAUUGAACUUAAUGUAAGCGAAGAAAUUGCAGUCAACCCCGUUGAUGCGGACACUGAGGGGGUCAUAGAAAGUGUCCAUAUUAACGGGGUGUCCGUACUAAACGGUUUGCAUUUAGAGAAAAUCUAAGGGCGUUUUCUCCCAAGGGACAAAGCAAACUGUCUGAAAUAAAGAUGUGUCUGUGUUAAGCGGGUGUCCGUAAAGCGGGGCAUUGGCUGUACUUGCAAGUGACUAACAAAUAAUUAUUACAGCUUCAUGUCAAACAAAUUCUCUCCCAAGCAUCGAUAUAAAUCAAACGUUACAAACAACAAAAGUGAACUUUGGAAAAUUACAGGUAGAUGGUCCUAUAACUGGGGGCUUACAAGUGUGUGUGUGUGUGGGGAGGGGUUAUAAGCAGUAGUUCACGGUAUUUGCUCUGUUUUAUUUUUUGCCAUGCUUUUCUGCAGAUUUCCAAAGAAUAAGGGUGUGGCUGGGUAUGUGGCAAGCACUGGAGAAACACUAAACAUAACUGAUGCCUAUCAUGAUGAAAGAUUUAACAGGUACAUACGCAACUUUGGCAUAAGCUUUAAAAAACUGUUGUUAGCUUUAAAGGUUGUCAGAACGGUUGCACGUGCAUCACGCUUGUUUACACAGUUUUUUACCGUCCUUGCACGACUGCGACGUGAAACUAGGGACCUUACGAUCCGACAACGGCAACGUCCAUGAAAACGUUGCUGAAAAAUAAACUUCGCAUCCUUUGAAACAAUUUCGCCAUUAUCCCAAGUCGCCCUGUUACUUAGUAAAAGAAGGGAAUUUACCAAAUAGGUUGGAACUGGAGGGGACCGCAACGGAGUUCAGACAAAGAUGGUAGAAUUUAUCGCAUUGCCGUUCCCGUUCUCAAGACCAGGGUUGUCACUAAGAUUUCAAGUUGCCGGGUAAAUACAACAAGUAGGCGGGGAAUCAAACGGCUAGGGAUUUCUUUUGGUCCUGUUUUUCUUCUAUUUUCCAAUAAAAGUAGCCGGGGGCCACUCUCUUAGUAGCCGGGGAAAAUCCCCGGCCCCCAGCUCUUAAUGACAACCCUGCAAGACAACUUAAAAUUUGGCCAUUUCACGUCGUAGUUGUGCAGGGGCGGCAAAGAAAUUGACAAAAAAGCGUGCAGAGUUGUUGUUUUGCUCAUUACAACCUAUUUCUUUUUUUGACGUUCCCGUUGCCGUCGCUUUCGUAGUCUCGUCCUAAUUUCACCUUUCAUUGAGAACGUGAACACAAAUCAACGAUUUUCUUUUCCUGUUUCUAACUUAGACACACACUUUAAGUAUUCAACUUUAGAAAAAUGGGCUUAUAUUUGACAAAUAAAACGACAUGGAACAAGAGUUUGAAACAGCGCGAAUGCACUUUCUUUAAGUGAGGUUUUCGCUUCCAUCGCCGACGUGGUUGUUUAAGCUCCCUAUCAUUAAUUUAAACAGUAACUGUGCCAUGCAGGAAUACUGCUUGAGGCUCAAAUAGCUGUUGUCCGUUUGCAGGGAAAUUGAUAUUCAAACAGGCUACACCACAAAUACGUUAUUAUGUAUGCCUAUCUUCAUUAGAGGGAAGUAAGUAUCUGAAGUCCUGCUAGUGCUUGUUUAGCAAUCACAAACUUGCUUGCUGAUAGCCGCAUGCAGAACUCAUGCUUUAACUUGAUUUCGGUGGCUUAGUUACAGCAUGCAUAAUAAUAUGAAGUCACAGCUAGUUUAUUUUUUUUUUGCUAUUGCACGUAGUGGAAACGUGGCAGUCAGCGGUGAACAUCUCAAACUUUGGAUCUUUGGUCUGGGCUAAAGCGUCGCUGUUGCAUUUUUUUUCGUUAGACAAGAAACUUUCCCCCUCUUCACAUUCCCUCAGGAUUAUCACAGGGAAGAGCAUGUCAGGGGAGAGUGAACGAGGCAAACGCCUGACAGAUAAAAGACAGCUCCCUUCUCGGUUAUUUCACUCUCUCAGGUGCAAGCUCCUGCCAAGCCUCGACUCGAAAGGCUGAAUAGGAUUAGGGCCUGCUCUUUACUCAGCUGUAUAACUGGCUUUUGGCAGCAUACUGCAGGGUUUAACCCUUUCAUAGACUAAAAUUUCCGUUCAGGGGGAGUAAAAACGUUCGUAGGUUUCUCAUGUUACAGAAACCGGGAUAAUCUUUGGCCUUGUAGUCCCUUGGGCCCAUGUGCUCCUAGACUUUUUUGCCUGUUGUAUAUCGCGUACGCUACAAAGUACAUUGUCUGCUCGGUAAGGUUAGACCGUUGUUUUGUUGCUGGGUUUUCUGAUGGUAUAAAUGUGACUUUGUUUUAUUUCAUUUUCUAGUAUCAUCGGUGUUGUUCAGAUGGUUAAUAAAAAGAGUGGAGUUUUUACAGCCUCAGGUAAAUGUUCUGCUUAAGGGUUGACUUGUGCGAGUUCGGGGAAACCUUUGGCGGUGGAGCCGCCAGCGCGAGCCGUCGAGGCGGGCGAGAAGAAUGGGGCGAGGAAAGUUAGCCUGGCCUGCUCGUAAGCGACUUUAUGAAUUCCUGUGGGUAGCAAUAGACCUUUGCUGGCAACUAAAACACCUGAAUAUCAGCAAACACUACAAUAGCAUAGGAAGAGGCUAUUAUCAUGGAUUAUUCUCUUCCAAGAAUAGCUGGUGAAAAAAUUUAAUUGGCUUUUUUACGGCUUGCAUAGUCUCGCUCUGCGAGAUGUGUUUAUAUGCUUUUUGCUUUGGUGCUUGUAAAUGCCUUGGUGUACUGGCUAGAUAAGUAGAGAUGUAGUGACUCGCGAUUUCACUCUCUCUGAUGUUUCAGCGAGGAAAAUUUGCUUAAACCAAUCAGAAGUACUCCCCAGAUCUGGCUGGUGACGCGUCAUCAGUAUAGAAUUUCUGCUGUCAUUCCUCAGACAGCAUUUCGCGGAGAAAACCACUCAUUGUUUUGCGAAAUGCCGGCUGCUUUCUCAGGCUACGCGCUUGUUUGGUGUCUUUCUCGUAACUGCGUGACUGCUUGUUUUAUUCAACAGACGAGAAGUCUUUUCAAACAUUUGCUAUCUACUGUGGGUUAGCUCUUCACCAUGCCAAGGUGUGUAAAAGUAAUGUCCAUGAGUCGUUGACCUAAAGUCACUGAGUGAAAUGGUUUACUUGACUACUUGCUAAUCCUCCUUUUCUGCGAGGCCUUUAGAGCAAUUUACGCCCGUGAUCAAAAUAAUUCAGGUUUGAACUUUGAAAAGAUACAGUGUUCAAUGUGAAUCUCAAACCCUACGAUCUUUUGUCUUGAUUAUGGAAAGAUUUGUAAAGAAAAGUAUUUCGAAGGUACGGUUCAACUGCAAUGCAAAAAGUUUUUAGAAAUGAAGCCUAUUUUUAGGCCGUCGUUCCUGGUACACAGUAGCGUGCGUGCAGAUUGUGGUAAUGUUGGCCGAUGUAUUCUCCAGCAAAUCGCAACCUUUCGACGCGGGCCUUAGAAUCCAAAAGUACAACACUUUAUCCGAAUGUGAAAGUCAAACUGAAUGCUCUGAGAAUUUUGACUGUAACAACAGCGACUAUCCUAAUGCUUCUUUUCCAGCUUUACGACAAAAUCAGGAGAUCUGAGCAAAAACACAGGGUAAGUUACCAUGUGUGGCUACUUCUAGGUAUCUAUAACACUAAUGGUAGUCGGGCCGAGCAAAUAGCUGAAACUAAUUUAAAUCAAACUUAACGCGUUAAGAAUCCCCGCUGGCCGGAGGCAAAACCGUCUGGCGAUUUACAAGAGUGGCCGAGGAAUUGAACUCUGGACUAUGGAGAACAAAUCCUGUUAGCAGUCAGGGCCGGGCUUCAACGCAGAAUCCGAUUUGCGAGUUCCGCUCUCUAACCGCUCGCAACUUUGCCUCCUCUUUGUUUGCAUUUGAGCACCUCUUUCGCAUUACAUUAGAACAAAUUUUUGAAUUUAAGGAAAUUAGUGAUAAGAGAAAUGAUUUCGCAAAAAUUUCAGUUUCUGUUUGGAAACUCUGGAAACUGAAAAUACAUAGUUCAACCAAAUCAGACGCAGAGUGCGAUUUAAUGUUGCCAGGUUGUAAUCUUAUUAGUGUAUUAAAAAAUGGAUGUUGCUUGCAAUGCAAGUAAUUUGUGGAGCGAAUGGAAUGAAUAUCGCCCCGGUGUUUUCACUAACACGUCGUACAAUGCAGGUAUAAGAACAAGAAUCUCAAGUGUAAAAUUCAUGGAUUGUGUUUCAUGUUAGGUUGCAUUGGAGGUUUUGUCAUACCACAGCAAGUGUUCUGAUCGUGAAUUCAAGGGUGUGUCCGAUAUGCAGUUGCAAGAUCCUUUUCCAAAUUUAGAAAGGUAAGCGUGCAAUCCUAUCUAUACCAGGCUUCUUUUUUCCCGAGGAAAGCGAAAACAUUAGUAAAAAAAGGAUGAAAACCCUCUGACCUUUACUCCAAUAUGGUGUUUUUACUAUCACGUGUACAUUAUAAGUGACAGUUAUCGGUUAAAAAAUGCAACCACGCGCGGCCAUGCUGGUAUCAAGAAAAAAGAAGUACUUUAUUUGAAUACUUAAACAAAGAAUACAGAAUAUCAGUCAACAGAAUGGCAUCAGAUGAUGUUUUUCUGUUGUUAAUAAACCCUCCGAGCAAGAACAAACCAGUGCAAACGUUAAUUGCAAAAUACGUAUUCGACUGCUAUGAGAAAAGAAGAUCAUUAGUUCUUUAUGUUAACAUUGAUUAUAGUUCCACUAGUGUGCAAUUUGUGUUAUGAUUUUAAAUUAUUUGGAUAAAGUCGAUGUACAUAGGACUGUAUAAGACUCCAAAAAAACUAUUGUCUUGUCUUGUCUUGCUGGUGGUCAAGAACAAAUGCGUUACCCUCAGCUGGGAACUAAGCUCUUUUUUUUUAAUGCAAAUUCUGCGGAAAAAAUUAUUGUUUUGUCAACAAGUAUGGCCGCCUUGUUACCUGGUUCCAGACUGAAAAUUCCCUUCAACUCAAGUGAGAAAACAAGUUUAUUCGUGCCCAAUAUACGGGUCAAGAAACAUUAAGUGUUAACGUCAUUUUGCUGACCUACAGUUACGAGGAUAUCCUCGGUCGCUAUUAUAUUGAAAAAAGACAGAUUGAUCACCUCCACCCAUAUAUUUCAUCUUUGUCAUCUUUAACACUACAUUUUCUUCAUUUUCCGUUGUCAAUAAUAAGGAAUACGUUGUUUACCACCCUUAGAAACAGUGCGUCACUGCUCAAUCCGUACGCGCGUGUAAAGAUGGAAGAUGGCGGGUAUCGUGAAUUGAAGUUUAUUUCAUCAUCCUCCAACGCCCCUCACCCCCCUCACCCCCCUCACGCCCCGCUUCUCCCUGCACUCCAAGGUUUUUCAGAUACACAAUAAGCGGUUCUUUUAGCCGCACAAACUAAAGGAGGGAGUUUUAGCCGACGAUCUCGGACCAUUGUAGCAUCAGGUUAUGGUUCUCUGCUAAUAGAACUUUGUUUUUCAUUUUCUGAUUCAUUAGCUAUACCUUUGACUCGUAUUCACUUUUGAAGAAUGGAGAUGACAUGAUGCCAAGCCUUGUCAUUCAAAUGACAAAGAACCUGUUUUCACUUCAAAGGUAGAACUGUGAUGAUACGUUUGAUUAAAUAGCCCACGUUCGAAAUAUUAAAAUUCUAACAUGACUCCGAGGCUUUAGGGAUAAAAUUGCAAAUUUUUCAUGCCUCUAUUGUCUCGCAAUUCCCAGAAGAGACUUUAGCACAAAGAAAACCAAACCAAAUAUAAAAAAUGAUCUUAAAGUCUCAGAGUCAUGUUAGAAUUCUAAUAUAUCGAACGUGGGUUAUUGACGUCAGCCAGGAGCCAUGGGUUCCUGCGUCAGCAUAACAUGAGGGUUCCUAGGAGGAGGGGGUGUGGGGGUACACACCUUUCUGUUAAAAAUAUUCUGUGGAGGAUCUGUCAUUACAGCCAGAUCACCUGGAAUCAACGGUUCUUUUGUUUUCUUUUUCUCUCCUGCCCGUUAUUUUUGAGUGAAAAGUUUGCUGUUGGGUUAUGUAUUUACAAUGGUAAUGUGGUAAAUGGUAGCUUUUCAAGAGAUAAGUUUGAAAAUUUAUGUGGGGUGCUGGAGACUAGUGCGGCGCUUGACUCCGGCACCCCACAUAUCGCCGGGGGUUUGCUUAUAAAAACAGGGAAUCCUUAGCUUUGGAAUCCCGAAUUCAGCUCUAAGGAAUCCAGAAUUCUACUAACGAUUGGAAUCCGGAAUCCACAGCGUGAAAUCCAGAAUCCAAGACUGUCUUAGAUUACCUUACAUGAAGUGACACAGUGAAGUCCAUGCUACCCGCCUUGUGAGAGACCAUAAUAGGACAGAGAGGGAGUCUAAGGGCGUUGGUCGGGAUAUCUUAAUUUCAAAAAAGUUAUUUUUUAUACCUCUUGUCCCCGCUUAGCCUUGAAAAAGCCUAUGGAGGAUACAGCAUUCAUCAGAAAAUUGAGGCAAACUGCACACCUAGGAAGCUUUUUGGAACUCACUGAAAUUUUAAAGUACUUUCCUUAGAGAGGGGUGGGAUGUGCGUUUGUAACUGUAAGCGGUAACUUAUUUGUCGCUGGCUCUCUUUCCCCCUUUUAGAUUUGGGAUAGAUGAGCUCAGGCGAUUUGUGUUAACAGUGAAGAAGAAUUACCGCGAUGUACCUUACCACAAUUGGACACAUGCAUUCGCUGUAGCUCACUCCAUGUAUCUUGUUAUUCGGUCUGGAAAUGAAAAAUUCACUGCACUUGAGGUAUGGGACUUAAAAAGCGUUUCAUAGUAACAAUAAUACGAAGAAAAGGAGAGAGAGGGAGAGAAACAACAAAUUGUCAAUUAUUAUGCUUCGGAAAGAAAGUAAGGCUAUGACAACAAAUAAAGGAAAGUCUGAGAGAAUGUUGAUACACUGGCGAUUUAAGCGAAUCGGAGAGAGACAGAUGGCGAGACUAGUUUGUUACUAGUGAAAUUACAAGUUGCGCAAACCACACACGCUCAACCACAAAAAAGCCCAACUCUCCUUAAACCUUUGAAUAUCUUGCUCUCGAGUUCUUUCCUUUUCCUUACUUUCCUAUGCCCACUAUAUCGUCUUUCUUUCCCAUGGAAUUUCGGCUGGCUAACUUUUCAGGAAAGGAAGAAAAUUUUAUCUGGAAAGAGUAGUAGGUAAAUAGCGAAAUGGGCAGUGGAUUUCUUCCCGAAAUGUAAGUAGGUUUUCUGUGUGUAACUGUAGCAGAACUGGUCAGAAUUUCCAAAAUGAUGCAUCUCUGCUAUUAAUGGCCAACUUGAAGAGAGGAUUUAUUCUCUGGUCCAUUACCUUUCCAAGCUUAAAAAUCACUUAGACUGAAUCUGAAAACUAAGUCGAUUUAGUAAUUUAUAAUCUGCAUCUUUCCAUAUUGACCCGAAAUAACCCGACCCAUAGCCAGGGGUUAGCGUGAAAAGUUUACGUUUUAAAACAUUUUUUGUUUGACAGGCCCUGGCGUUGUUCUUUGCUUGUCUGUGUCAUGACUUGGACCACAGGGGCCGCACUAAUUCAUGGAUGAAAAACGAACAAACACCUUUGGCGGCCGUGUACAGUACGUCGACCAUGGAACAUCAUCACUUUAACCAGACUAUCACUAUACUCCAGGUAAUUACACCUACAUUUUACUGACUCGAGUUUCAUUUUUUUUGUGAAAAACACAAAGGGGUAGAUAGGCAAAGCAUAAAGUAGGACGUGUGUAACAUGUGAACAUAGUAAAUGACUGAUUUUGUCCGGAUUUUCUUCGGACUGUGGUCUAUUGCUCAGAACGCGCUACCCUUACACGGUAGGUCCUGGGCUCGAAUAAGUCGGGUACUCAAAAUUUUUUAGAGGAGAGUGUGCACGGGCGAUUUUUGUUGCGAUUUUAGCGCGAUGUGUCUGCGAUUUUAUGAGCUUUAAAGAUUGUUUCAGGGAAAUGCACAUGCGUACACUACUUGUAAACAAAUAUGGCGGGCAGAAUUUGCAGAAAUUUGCACUUUCAUUAAAUAAAUACCACGAGAUAUCAUUUUUACCCUCUUAUUUCAAGACAGUGGGCGAAGGCCGUGUCCUGGGGUUCAAACCUGCGACUUUCCGCCAACACACCAGCGCUCUACUUACUGAGAUAACCCUGCCGCGGUUAUAUUGUGUACAAUUUCUUAAAUUAUUUUGGUCUGUCUUUAACAGCACGAAGGCCACAAUAUUUUCUCCCAUCUAAGCCCGGCAGAGUACAAAACAGUGCUGGGUUACAUGAAGGAGUGUAUUCUUGCUACUGACCUGGCACUCUUCUUUGGGAACAAGUCCAAACUCAAAGACAUAGUCGAGAAGGGUCAAUUCUCUUGGGACAAUCAGGAACACAGGUAAUACGUCAAUAGUGCACUAAUAUUCUUCUCUGUCGUCUUUCCUUUUCAUAGUUGCAAAUAAGAAUCGGUCGUCGGACCAUUUGUCACUUCUACGUCUCCCAUAAUGUACCUUGCUUGCCCUUGCCCCCCCCCCCCCCCCCCCCAAAAAAAAAAUUAUCUUCGUUCUUAAUUUCUCCGGUGAGUAGAAAAAUCAUGUUAGCAGAGAACGCAUCGUAAAACGUGAGUCUUUCUAAUGAAAGUAGAAUUGGUUCCAUUGUUCCAUUUGUGUCUAUUGAUGUUAAAUACUUUGUAUUUUUCAGGAAGCUGCUAAGAGCUAUUUGUAUGACAGCCUGUGAUCUGUCAGCUUGUACAAAGCCUUGGGAGAUCCAACUAGAAAUCGUAAAAGUGAUCUACCAAGAAUUCUACGCUGAGGUGAGCUGACCAUAAGAAAGCGUAGGGAACAAUUUGGUCGAGCAGGUGAUGAGAACGAAAAGGGUCAGAAUCUUUUCCUUUGAACGUGUACUUUAUCAUCGUCUAAGAAAGUGGCAGAGCGAAGAGACACCCUAUAUGUAGGAGCCGUCGUUUUUGACAUUUGUGGAUUAGUCUGUUUUUGAUGCUAAAAUCUAAAAUGAGCGCUGUUAAAGUUGUCGCAGUACCGACGUUUAAGGGUAUCCAGCCCAAAAAUAACAGGAACUCUGUCAUGAUUUGUUACUCAACUGAAUUGUAGGGCUAAGCUAGUUUAUUUCGAGAGGAGAAUUUUUGUUGUUGCUGUUGUUGCUGUUUUGUACUUUUGUAGUUUUAAUCUCAAAGGCACUGGAUAAUCGGUUGCUCAAAUGGUCAAGAUUUUGAAAAGAAACAAUGGAAUUGGCGUGUUCCUACGUUUGCUUGAUGGGGUAUCGAAACGUCGUAUCCCACAAUCACUCUUGAUAUUAUUUCCCUCUCCUGGGAAACGUAUUACUUCUAAUUUCGAUCUUUGAAACGUUAUACUCAGGGACCAGCUGUACAAGGCAACUUAACAUUAAGCAGCCAUUUUUCUUUGAGCUGAAGAACCUGCUCGUUUUCUCCUUGUGACUGAGCCUCAACACCGAGCGAAAAAGCCACUGGAUUAAAAGAAGAAUGUUUACAGAAAGCGUUAAGUCUAAAGUUGCUUUAUGCAGCCUCUGUCUCGUCGUGGAAUUAUCCGAAUUUCAGAAAGUGCAGAUCUCUAGAUUUUCCUCACAAAUAAGUAGCUUUCGCUGAAAAACUACAACGUCCAAGUCGCAAAUCGGAUAUAAUAAGCCUUCAACCCUUUUACUCCCCGCAAACGUGGCGGAAGUCCAAAUUCCACUAUUUUCUAAUUUCAUAUUGGAACAUGCUGAAAAAGGAAUAGUACCAUAUGAAAGUACUGCAUGCCACUGAAAGUACUGAGGUUUCAUUUGAAUGGUGACAUGUAGGGAUAUCGACUUAGGUUUCUGCGAAGCUGCCCACCUACCCCUCCCCUAAGUCAGCAUUAACACUCACUUCUCACUUAGGGCAAAAUGUUGGGUUAGGGGAGGGGGUAGUUGGGCAGUUUCCCAGAAACCUUAAUCCUUGAUCCAUUUUUUCACCAACUCAUUUGCACUCUGGGAGUGAUGGAAACAGUCAGUGAAGUACCCGGCUCUGCUGACUUCUUUUCUUGUUACUCCUGUUGUUAGGGCGACCUGGAAAAAGCUCAAGGAAAGAAACCUAUCGCGAUGAAGGACCGUAACACAGCCCAUGAGCUUCCUGCUCACCAGGUACGAGGCAGUCGUAGGGUUGGUCGUGAAGUAAUCUUAAAAUGCGUAUGUUUUCCCUUAGUUUUUCGAAGUUGUUAGUAACGCAAAGCCUUGUGCUGUUGAGAACAUUUCAGGAACUAGCCUGACAAAUUAACUACAAAAAGUUAGUAUUUCCAACUGGAAGGAGGCAGACCAGUUUUUUAUUUUUCAAGUGUGAGCGAGGAGUUUCGCUCAAGUUGACUGACAAAUCAAUUGAGGGAGUGGUUCAGAGCGGCACCUCCCGAUCUUCCUGGACAAGAUGCAAAAGUCAUUAUCCUUUUACCAGUUAUUCUCUCAUAAGCAUUAAGUUCCUUUCUCAGCCCGCUGUAGUAAGAGUGGGAAAAUUUAACAUACAGUUCUCAAUACUUGUACAUGGCUUUUCCAUUAGGUGGGGUUUUUGGUCGGCAUCUGUCUUCCGUGUUACGAACUGUUACAGAAGUGUAUUCCGGAGACAAAGCCGCUUGUGGAGGGAUCUCAGUAAGUGAAAAUGUGUUAGAGCUCUUUUAAGGCCUACCACGCACCUUAGAUGUGACACUGUUGCCAUAACUUUUGUUCUUUCUUAAGUAUUUGGCAUUGUUAGAUUUUUUUCUUUCCUUCGUUGUCAAUUUUUCAGUGUAUGAGCGGCGAAUCUAAUUAAAAAAUCCACUUGGAUUUGUUUCAAAGAAAAAAACAAUAGCGAGUCGAAAUCACUCGAAACGAAUUAGCCCUAUUAACGGGGAUCGUUUGAAGAGGCGCUUUACAGUUUUUGCCAAGUAACUUGAUUGCUUUUUGUCUUUCCUUGCUACAUUUUAUGAUUGGCUCAAAGAAAUCUCGCGCCGUUUUCUCCAUCAAUCCGUGGUGAAACGUAUACCGAUUGCCGGUGCUCUCGUAGGCGUUUUCCCGCGCUUCUUGAGUUCUGGCUUACCAGCUGCAUCUGUUAUAACUGACCAAAGUAAUCAUUUUGGUUCGGUUUAGGUCGCAUUUGAAAAAUCCGUGCACACAUUUUACCACUGAUAGUCUGUUACCACUCAAAUAGACUCUAUACGGGCGUGGAACCCUCUGUGAACCGUUUUCUUUAAAAAUUUAUUGAAGUUAUAGUUGGUUUUGUGUAAGAUUCCAUUUUUUCAUUCAAGCUUCCUUUAUAGUAGACACUGAGGGCUGGUAUUGUGUCACGAAUGGCAAUAUUUCUUUUUCCUCCUUGUUGUUUUGUUUUGGGAGUUUAGACUCCCUUUUGUGAAUUUUAUUUCUGAUAGUAGGUUUUCUAUCAAAGAUAGGGGGCACCCAACGAGAGUAUACUUCAAAACCAAUUUAAACAGUAGAUAUAGGCAUAUUUUUAUCCGCUAAAAAUUUUCCAUCUGUUUGGAUCUCCUAGCUGAAAGUCUAGUGAUACGAAAAUUAUAGGGAUCAAAAAAUAGGCAAUUAUACCGUUUUUUUAGAUGUUCGAAAAUCCUUGGAGGGGCAGACAAACAAGAAGUUUUACAGCAAAUGUUCCGACAAUUCUAGCUCUCAAAUCGUCUUUCGAACAGUUAUUUUCCGAAAAUUGACGUCGGGUGCCCCUGAAAGAUUGUGGGUAGCCUCCGUCCAUCAAGCGUUUUUUUUUUUUUAAUUUGAAUUAUUUUCCUCAAAGGUUGUUUCUGAGGAGUUUUUUCGCAGGAUUCUUAAGGCUUCUCCUUUGAAAAUUCUUUUUUUAACAUUUGGAGGGUGACACGAGGUGAAAUGUGUGUGCAAGAAGCUUUCCGUUUGUUUAAAAUGUGUCUUUGCAUCAAGGAUAGAUUUUUCCUUGAAUCUUGUGCCUUUGUAGACAACCAUGUCUAAAAACGCAGUCUCAGUGUCAAAUGUUUCGGCCGUGAAUUCAUUAGUUGGGUGAUGUAAGCUUGCUUGUUCAAUGAAGGCUUCGAUGUCUGGUUUACUCAUGUCCCAUAGGGAAAAGAUAUCGUGUAUGUGGCAUUUUCAAACUGUUGUUCUAGAGACAGUUUUGCUUAGAGUUGUUGUUUCAAUAUAUUUCAUGAAAACAUUGGCAAAGGAAUCAAAACUGCUGUCUUUGUGCCCAUUGCAGUUCCAUGGUUUUGCAGGUAGUGCUUUCCACUGAAGUGGAAGAAAUUUUCUUUGAGGAUUAAUCUAAGCAUUUCGGGCAAGUAAUGUGUAGGAAUGGGUUGUCUUAGUUGAAAUUUUCAUAUGCUUUGUGACAGAAAAUUUCAAUAUACCCUCGUUUUGCUGUAUAUUUGGUGUAUAUUUAUUUUUUGAUAUUUAAACGUCCACUGAAACAAGAAAUGUUCGGUUUUUCACAUUCGUCUUUUCAGUGAAAGGUAUGAUUUCUGUGAUUUUGAUAUUGGUUGUAGCAGUGUAUCAACAAAUUUUGUCAAGCACAGAACAAGAGGAAACCGAACAUCCAUGUUUUAACUAGGGGGUGGGUCAUGCAAUUUCCAACCUUGCUUUAGGGGUGAGUCAGUCAUUUUUGUGCCGAAGGGAGGGGGUGGGUCAUGUGUUUUUUAUCAAACACAUUUCCAAAUGCCCCGGCCCCCCCCCCAUACUUUUUGACCAGUCCCUUACUAAAAACGUUCUUAAACCUGUCAGUGUAGAUUCUAGGGACAGAGACUGACGAAUUUCUAAGAUUGUACCUCGUGUUCUUUUCCUUAGGUAAAAACUGGAAGAACGGACAUUCGGGGUCAUUCGAUCUUUUUUUGUAGAGUGUCUUGUCCGAUUUCUCUAGCAAGUCCCUAAUAUUUACCUUCUUGGACAUAAACUUUCUUUUCAUACACCGGUCUAAAAAAUUCUGUAUUACAGAAAGGUGGGAAUCUGAGGCACCAUAAACCGGCAGAGCGUAAGAAAGAUGAUUGCUAGGUUCUCUACUCCAUAUGUUAAUUUUUGUUUGUGCCAUAAAAAGGACAAAUCUACAGAAAUGGUCGAGACUGGCUCAACAAAGUAGAACAGCGCUAGAUGCUAUGAACUCUCCCUCAGAUGGAUCAGGGAAAGAUGAGGAAGGCACAGCGAAAACGGGUGACGAAGGUGAGGGAAUGGAGAACACAGAUGCGGAGCAGAGCCAAGAUGAGAAAGAACCAGGUAACCAAGGAGAUGGAAGUGAAAAGAAGGACAAUCAAGAGGAUGAAGAUGAACAACAACAAGCGCAAAAUGUGGAGCAAGGAGAAGCUAAGGAAAGCGAUAAAGAGGCCAGUAACGAUGCUUUGUAAUAAUAUUAUUUAUUAUAUAAACACCAAUGAAAUACCAGGUGAGCUUUCGCACGAAAACUUGAUAUCUUCACAUGUGAAAAUAUCACCGUUGCUAUGGCUACAUAAUAACUCGCGCUUUUCACACCAAAAAACUGUCAAAGUGAAAUGGAUUGGUAGUUCAUUGGUGUUUUAUAUAAUAAAUAAAACAUUACAUGGCCGCUUGGAGAGACGAAAUUUCUCUUCUCUCCACUCGAAGAGAAAUUUCGUAUCUCCGCGCGGCCAAGUAAUAUCCUCUAUGUGUAUCUAAUUAUUCGUUUAUUUUGUUGUGGAACGAAUAUAAAUAACACAACAGGUAAUAUUACGGUGCGUAAGUCACUAAUAUGUCAGAAUACAGUAAAAUAGAAAGCCUCUUUGGGGAGGUAACAAUAUAGUCAAUGUAAAAAUGUACCAGUCC